AUGUCAUUACACUCCCUCAGCUCUGCCGAAUAUUACUUUGGCCAUAUAAACCCCCAAAAAAGGGAGGGAAAAGGGAAAACCGCUGAAUCUCUUCCCGGCCCAUGGACACGGCCAUUCGUCCACUUCCAGCUCUCGAGAUACCGAAUCCAACAGUAUCCGACACGCCAAACCCUCACGCGGACUCCUCUUAACACGCUCCACUACGUUAAGACGUAUAUCGCCCUACCUGCCAGCUUCGGCCCCUUCUUGACGAACCACCAGCAGCUUUUCUGGUACCAUGCCAUCCCCCGCCGCCUGGACCGUUUGAUCGUGUUGGGGUUCUGGGCACUGUGCAUUAUCCUCGCUUGUGUGGACUAUCAGAGUUUCGAUGGCAAUAUUGGAAUGACCAGCCUUUCCCAGCAAAACUGGCAAUACUCCUCUGACCGGACAGGCAUUCUGUCGUACGCGUGCCUCCCGUUCUUAUGGCUCUUCGGCGGACGCAACAAUAUCUUUCUCUGGGCGACGGAUUUUAACACCCAAAGCUUCAAUAUCUUUCAUCGGCAUGUGGCUUGGGCAUGCACGCUGCUGGCGAUUGUGCACUCGAUCAAUUAUAGCGUGUUUUUGCUUACUACGGCCACGAUCCUUAUGUCCUUUAUGCUCGUUCAGUCGAUGACAAUAUUACGGCAUAAAGGCUACGAGACCUUUUUGAUCCUGCAUAUCGUCUUCGCCAUUGUCGUUGUCUAUGCGCUCUUCAGACAUACUAGCUUCGACGGCACGAAAUGGAACGGGUAUCUCUGGCCGAUGAUCGCAAUCUGGGCUUUCGACCGGGUCGUGCGUCUCAUCCGAAUCGCAUACUGCAAUCUGAACCCCGUGAAUCUCAAAGGGUGGGAGAACCACCCGUUCACUCUGGGCGCUUAUGUACCUCCUUCUCUGUCACUGGCAACUGGUAGUGAAAGUAUCCAGGUCCACGAGAAACGUCAACAAGAUUCUAAGCCGAUUUUCUAUGCUGGACGAGACGGCUGCGAGACCAAUGCCGCAAAUCUGGACUUCAUGGUCGUGGGUGGAACGGGUAUUGCUGCGGCCGUGCCGUAUAUCAUUGACCAUAUUUCGCGCUCUGGCGGUGCAGCAAAGACGCGCACAACCCGGCUUCGGCUUAUCUGGUCGGCCAAGACGAACGAGAUGUUUGAGCGGGUCUUUUGUGACGAGUUGGCUGGAACCCUCGGGCAUGAGGAUAUCAUGACCAGUUUCUACUGCACUAGCUCCAAGACUUCGUUCUCAUCCUCGCCCUCAUCUUCGGCUGCGGUGCUGGAACUGUCAUUGGCAACGAAGGAGAAGGAGGCGGGCGUCUCUGUGCUCCCUACGGGUGAAAAGUCCCCGUCGAGCAGCAACCUUUCCGGUUCCAGCAAUGACAAUGCUAUCCUCGAUGCUCGAGCCCCAUCGAGGGACCCUCCUCUCCCCGAGGCGGCGGAUGGAGAAGCCAGCGCCAACACCUCCAAGCUCGCAACUGCGAGAAACCCGGUUGAGUUUCUCUCGGGUCGGCCCAACGUCCGCGCUAUCGUGACGUCCGAGGCACAGAAGGCGAAAGCCAACUCUUCGCGUCUGGCGGUCUUGACCUGUGGACCGGCACAAAUGGCGGAUGAGUGCCGGCAGACGGUGUAUGAGGUCAUGAGAAGGAAGAAUGGGUUAAGGGACAUUGAGUAUUUUGAGGAGGCAUUUGGGUGGUGA